GAGGCGCAGCAGGGGAGAGAACAGGGACAACACCGGCCGAAGGGAGACGGUGUGUACGAGGGAACGCGCUUAGGGGUGGGGGCGCCGAAAUCGUGCGGCAGGGAUCUCCGCAUGCGGGAAGGCAGACUCUGAUGGUCAAUCGGGCGCCGCGCACCGCAGCAGCGACGCGUCACUGCACCCCUGUUUUGGGAGUCGGGCACGUGCUUCUUUCCUCUCCACCGACGCCGCGCGUUCAACUGCACUCCGGCUCGCAGCGUCUCGUCCGCAGUCAGCCAGGCGCGAUAAACUCCGAUAAACCGCCGAGAAGAGCCGCGCUUCUUCACGCUCCUUGUAUCCGGAAAGCGUUACCAUCAAGACACAUCCUGGAUAUUCUUGUUUCUUUUGUACGGCAUUGAUUCGAACGUUAUUUCGCGCUUGACCAAGAAUCUCGUGAGCACCUGCUACGCAUCGCGAUCUUGAGGACGCGAUUCCCGUCUCUCGGAUCUGUCAUCGGUGCCUCGUUCAUAAUUGACAACAACAAUUCGCGUUUAAUCGCAACAGUGUGGAUUCAUCGUGGCGAGAUUCGAUGCACUCUCUGCGUUAAACUGUGCAAUUCUAGUGUAUCAGUGAGAUCAGAAGUUGAGCCGCAGCAUAUCCACAUUCGGCAGCUGAUUCCUUGAGGUUCCUUCAUCGGUGCGGCAAACUGAGGAGCGCGAGAGCUCCGAUCUACAGGAGCCGUGCCGAGAAAGUAUCGUGAGCAGAGCAACGUCGUCGCGGAUUGUGCUUUCAGCUGGUGGCUGGAUCCGGCCUGACCACGGCCAUUCUCGACACGCACUGUGUUAGCGUGGCCGGAGGUGGCGGCGGUGGAGACGGCGGCGGCGGAGGCAGCAGUGGCGGCGGUCGGCUGAGCCUGCACCUUCGUCCUUGCGGAGGUAGCGGUGGCGGCGGAAUCGCCGAAAGUGACAGCGCUCCGGAUUAUCCGCCGAGCGCUGCGGCAGCGCGGAGCAGGGAGGCUGCGGCGGCGGCGCUGCACGCGGCAAGAACCCUGUUGGGCGCGGGGGUGGCCAACCCUUGCUCGCCUACCCCCGAGCCGCCCUUCUGGAAGAUGCCGCAUAAAGAACUGCCGUAUAUUUUUGCGGAUGCUCCAAUUACCGCGGUUGCUUGCAAACUAUCCGACUAUCACUCGGCAAACCAGACGAUUAUAGAAAGAAGCAACUGUCAACACUGUCUACUCGCUGGUAAUUUCGAUGCGAUCAAGGAAGACUUGAUGCACGGGGGUGGUGCGGGUAUUGGCGGGGGUUCUAUGGUCGGACAGAACUCAAUAUUUGGAUGCUCGGCUGCAGGACACAGCGGGGUUAACCAGCUCGGCGGCGUUUACGUCAAUGGCCGACCAUUGCCGGACUCCACGAGGCAGAAGAUCGUCGAGCUGGCCCACAGCGGGGCCAGACCGUGCGAUAUAUCACGUAUACUGCAAGUCAGCAAUGGAUGUGUCUCCAAAAUCCUUGGCAGGUAUUACGAGACUGGCUCGAUCAAGCCACGGGCGAUCGGUGGUAGCAAGCCACGGGUGGCGACAACACCUGUGGUCAACAAAAUCGCCGACUACAAACGAGAAUGUCCCUCGAUCUUUGCCUGGGAAAUUCGCGAUCGACUUUUGCAGGAGGGUGUAUGCAAUAACGACAAUAUACCCAGCGUGUCGUCCAUUAACAGGGUACUCAGGAACCUGGCCUCGCAAAAGGAGCAACAGGCGGCUGCGGUGCAAGCGCAUCAGGGCGCUGAGAGUGUCUACGAUAAGCUGAGAAUGUUUAACGGACAGGCAGCAGGCUGGCCGCCAGCGUGGUAUUCGGCGACACCUUCUCAUCAUCCUUUGGCCACGGGAAUUCCAACAGCGGCAACUCCUGGAUCCGGUCAGUCGCUUUUGCCUGGUAGUCAACUUCACGGGCGCGAUGAUGCUUUAUUGAAGCGGAGCGAUACCGGUUCUCUAUUGUCGCAUCAGCAGGAGACAACUUCGGACGGUAAUUCGGAGCACAAUUCCUCCGGAGAUGAGGACUCGCAGGUGCGGCUGAGGCUGAAAAGGAAAUUGCAGCGCAACCGAACUUCCUUCUCUAACGAGCAGAUAGACAGCCUCGAGAAAGAAUUCGAGCGGACACAUUACCCGGACGUGUUUGCACGGGAGCGUCUCGCCGAGAAGAUCGGAUUACCUGAGGCACGUAUCCAGGUGUGGUUCAGUAAUCGCAGGGCGAAGUGGCGUCGAGAGGAGAAAUUACGGAACCAGAGGAGAGCGGCCGUCGAUCAGGUGGUGGCUGGCGGUAGCGGCGGAGGUAGCAGCGGCGCCGCGCCUCCCGCGGCCACCCCCGCAACACCACGAUUGCCCUUAAACGCCGGAUUCAACGCCAUGUACUCGUCGAUACCGCAACCAAUCGCCACUAUGCCCGACACGUAUAGUUCCAUGUCAAGCAGCCUGGGCGGAUCAAUGGGUGGAAGCUGUCUUCAGCAACGCGCCGAGGGCUACCCGGCAUACGUGUUUCACGAGCCUCUUCAUUCGCUUACGCAGUCCUAUUCUCACGCGCAUAGCGCGGCCGCGGCCGCGCACUCGCAACCUCAUCGUGGCAUCCCGACGUCUCACGGUGGCACCCCCGCGACACCGGGGGGACAACCUACCGGACCAGGUGGAGCACCCUAUCAACCGACGACUUCGACCGCGACCGGAGUGAUAUCGGCGGGAGUCUCGGUGCCGGUGCAGAUACCCUCGCAGACUCCGGACCUGACGGGCAACUAUUGGCCGAGGCUCCAGUGAUCCCAGCUCUUCGGGUUCCCGCCCGCGAGUUUGCUCGUAGGCCAGGAGAGCCCGCCGCCACCGCCGAGCGUCACCCCGGGCGCAGUGCCCCGACCGCUCCUCGCCUCCCUCGGGAUACCGACGCAGUCGACGCAGCAUCAGGCCCCUAGCACCCCGGCGACCACUCCCGUGCACAAUUCCGACACCAGUGAGUGAAACGAUUUCUCGUGACGUGCUGCGUCGCGCAGUGAUCCUUGACAAGGUGUCCUUCUUGCGCUUGGUCGCCGACGGCGAUCGCCGUCGCGACGCCCACGAGUCAGACUAGUGGAAAGAGAGGACGCUACGAAGGGCUCGCUUGACAGUUCGUUCGCGCUUGACAGCGUGACGCCGAUCGCUUCGAAGGGCGCGUAGUUAGUGUCGGUUGUGCGUGGAAUAAACUUAAUCCCGAAUUGCGAUGACGCAACCGUCUGACAUUUCUCUCCGUUGUCUCGUAAGUUGAAAAAUUUCGUUCGUUCAUUUUCGCGGAGAUUUGUUUAUUAAUGAGUAUUUUUAAAUAAUGUGGCAAAACGGUUUUAUUAGAGACAUUAUUAAAAUGCAUGUUUAAUGAAUAACUACUUUAUGCUAGCAUGCUCCGAUUUUGGUCGGGGGAUAUUUAAUUGUUCGUAAAAAUGAUGUUACUAAUCGCGUAAUUUCCUCGCAAAUCGAAUCAAUAACUCGCGUCCUCGAAUGUUUACGACCGUCAAUUUUCUGAAAGGCAAUACCUAUCUAUGAAACUAUUCCAUUAGAUUAGGAGAUAGAAUAGAUUCCUUUCCCUCUUGAACAAUUUGUAAGUUUGCCAACACCCGCAUUGACGAUCGUAAUGGAAUGUACCGUCACGAAAUUUUUGCAUGAAAGGAGCAGCAGCUCGUUGCAAUUAACUUCUCUUUGAAAUCGAACGAAAAGAUUUUUUACCAACGAUUCGAUUACAGAGCGGAAUUUUAGGGAGCACAAUAAGUUUUAUAUAAUUCGAGCUGGAACCAAUCGACUUUUACCCACCUUCCACUUCGUGUCUGAUCUAGAUUUCGUAGAUAUAUACGCAUGACCCGGGUCACGCAGGGUACUUACCUAUUCACGAUAGUGUGUGUGAUUUACGUUACGUUACCAUCUUUAUAUUAUGUCAAGGACUUUCGCGUGAAGAACCACCAACAACGGAAGAGUCUUCCUAACAAGUAUCAUAAUAAUGAAAAAUCAUUUUUUUUUUAUUUCAACGUGCACAAAUUCUCUUUUUCAUUUUUGAAAACUCGAUCGAUGUCAAGAGCGUUCAUUAAAUUUACAGCCGUUCUCGUUUUUCGGCAUCGGCGAGCUUUAUUACCGGAUUUAUUGGAUACCACCGAGCGCAUAUUGUUUGCCGCAUGUUGUAUCGGUUUCCGGCAAAUAUUUUCCUUCGUGUAAGGGCGGCCGCGAACCGCGUGGAAAUUGAAAGGGAGCCGCAGACACGUAGGCGGGCUCCCGCCGAAAUAUAUUCUCGCGAGAAUUUAGGGUGGUAGUUUCCCGAUGAGGCUGAUUUCGUUGCGGGAGGGAACGGUUGCGAGGGUUGAUAGCUGCCUGGAGGGUAGCUUUUUUCGGCGAGGCCGGCCAUCGUGUCUGCCGGCAGAUAUGGCGUCGGAAGACACCACUCUCGAGAGGAUGCCGUGGCCCUUGUCUACGUCCAUUUGUGAACAGUGUAUAUCGAUCGACGAACGGCUCGCGGAAAUCCCAGAAAGAUAUAUUCC